AUGAAGCGGAACAGCGGUCAGCACCGCGGCCUUACUACUACCAGUGCUAUGAGUACAGCAGCAGCAGCAGCCAUGAGUAGUACUAGUAGUACAACUUCUACUACACCCGCCAUUGAGGUGACCAAACUAAGCAAGUACGAAUUGUCUAGCAAGUACGCGACGAGCGAAGAAGACGCGAAACUGCGCAACGACUUUUCAUUGCUGCGUCGCAUGAUACGAGGCGCACUACGGCAUAGGACAGCACCGAAUCCAGACGAAGAAGAACUGCCCAAUACCAUGGUGUUGGAUUUGUGUCGCAAACACCCCGAAUGGGCGUUGCUCCAGUACGAAACCGAACGAGAAGGAAUCCAAUUGUCACCCUUGAAAUUUCUCAUUCACAAUCGAGCCAGAUUUCCCGUACUCAAAGGAUUUUGUGAAAGUUUUCCGCAGGCGGCGCAAGAGCAUGAUCUGUCGACUAGCAGUACUAGUGGAACUUCUACUAGUACCAGUAUGAGACUGUUCCUGCUGGACGGCUAUCCGCUACACUUGGCGUGUGUGACGCGACAAGAAGAAGGCGCUUUCAUUGCGCUACUCGCCAAGCAGUACCCUCAAGCCGUGUCUGCCACGAACGAUUCGGGAAUGCUGCCACUGCAUUUGCUACUGGAGUAUCGAGGACUCUCUCCGUCGCUCGAAGGCGUUCAAGCGCUCGUGGAACUCUACCCACAAGCCAUGCUGCAGAAACCGCCGCAGUCGUCCAAUGCGCUCUUACCGCCCAUCAUUACCGUCCUUACGGCGCAUCACUGUUCCAACGAAAUCAGAGACUGCAUUUGGAAACACGCACCCAAGCAUUUGACCUGUUUGCAACUCGAUGCCAACAUUCUCACCGAAGUCACUCUUCCCAUUGCCAAGGCUAUUUGUCAUGUACUGCCGCAGUUGACACACUUGCAGUGGACACCACAACGAUGGGCACCCAAUGCAUUCAUCUAUUUUGCGCAGAAAUUCAAACGCUUGAAUGACACACUACAGUUGCAAAAACUCAUUCUCAAACCACCGCCUCCUCCGGGACCACCUACGCCACCGCAACCGCAACGGCCCUUUCAUUGGCCCACAACACAAAACCAAAACAACCGCACCACCAACAUCAAUACUACCACAUCGGCCCUGACACCCACCCACACGCAUCGCGCCUUUGUCAAUCUAUUACAGCAUGUCGGAAAUUUGGAGUAUCUAGACAUUCAAGGCGUCAUUGUACCCCCGGCAGCUGCCACAGGAGGUUUUGGGUUUGGAUUUGCCGCCGCUCGAAACAAUAACCCAAACAACAACCCAUUCUUACAGCAGCAACAGCCACGAGCCUUUGGAUUUGGAUUCCAAAACAGCAAUCGAGCACAACAGCAACCACCCAACAAUAAUCAAAAUCCAACGUGGCAAUUGCUGGCCAAUAAUCAGCAAGGACGAAACAACAACAAUGCUGCUGCUGCACCGGCCAACAACGCCAACAACGCCAACAACCGAAAUAAUAGUAGUACUACUCGAACAACAACAACACCCACCAUUCCCGACAUUUCCGAACCCAUCGUACAAUUGAUCACACACGGACAAAAACUCAAAUACUUGAAAGUAUCCGGAUACGCACUCCAAUUUCAACCCAUUCUCAAGGCACUCACCGCCAACUCGACGCUCGAACAAUUGAUUCUCAAUGAUACCAUUGCCGAUACACCACCACCACCACCGUCUACACAAAUACUGCCAGCACAAGUCAAUAAACCACUCACACUGGGAUACGUACUCGAACAUGCCAAUGUCACGCUACAAAAAGCAGAAGUACGAUUCGUCGUACCACGACAACCAUCGCCCGAACGACAAGCUAUUCUACUAGAGUACAACCAGGUCAAAUUCUACACGUUACUCAAUCAAUAUGGAAGGGCCGUCGCCAGAGAUCAAACCACGUCGUUGCAAACGAUACUGGGAUUGCUGUUACGCGCUCAACGAGAGCUACUGCAGCAAUCGUCGUCAGCGCAACAACAACAACCACAAAUAGGCAACCAUCAGAAACACUUGGUGACACUUGGGAUACUCUUUGGACUGUUGCGAGAAUCACCAGGGUCGUGGAGUCAACCGAAUCAUCAACGACGACAAUCCAUCAAUAUCAAUAACAAGAACAGCUCGAUGAUGACGAUGAUGGAACAACAACAGCAAGACAACAACAAUACUGCGGUAAGUCACAAACCGCUAUUUGCCGUAACGGAACAAGAACACGCGAGUGUCGCGGGAUUGCUCCGUCGACCAUCUGUUGCUGAUACGACAUCCACGCUCUUGUUACAACUAAAGCAAAAUCCACAGCAGCAGACGCAAGUACUACUGCAACAACAAGCCAACCGGAAACGAAAGGAUCCACCGUUCGCCCUCUUCAACGGUGCUAAUGCUGGGCGAGGUGGAAAGGAACUGCGACUCACGACCAACAAGGACGAAACCGAUGACGAUGACAAUGAAUAA